AUGAAUGUGAACAAACAUCUUCUGAAUACGGGUGAACCAAAAAUAAAUGAAGAUAAUUUUAAUAACAAUGUUGAACAGCGUGAGGAUUCAUUGUCUCACAUCAUCUCAGUUUUGUAUCGAUGGAUAA